AAUUUUAAUAGAAGCUGUAAUAUCAGUAGCAACUCGUGCAACAAGCAGUCUAGGAGGUCCACUGCUUUUCAUUUAAAUGGUACAGCUAAUGGUUGUCAGGCGUGAGUGGUUUGACCUCAGUUGCCAUCAUGGAUGAACUAGGUUGGGAUACAGAAGACUGUGACAACAGAAUCGAAUUCAUUUCUGUUAUGGAAGAAAAUACUGACUAUAUUACUGAGGAGCAGUGUCAGGGAAUAAAAAAAGAAAUUUCUCCUGAUGUGGUGGAAGAAAAUGCUAUUUUAAUAAAAAAUGAAGAAGUAAAUAUAAGUGAGUUUCUAGUAGUCAAAGAAACUGAAGAUGCUAUGGUGAAUGCAAAUAAAACUGACUUAUGGGUUUUGAUGAAUAAUUCUGAGGAUCCAUUAAAAGUAGUUCCAUCAGUGAUUACGGAUUGUAAGGAAUCAUCAAAUGGUGGUCAGACCACGCAGAAGGAAACUGGUCGCAAGGUAUUACAUAAACAAGUGGACUGGAAAGAAAAACGUUUUGUGUGUGAUAUAUGUAGCCAAAGAUUCUCGUAUAACAGUCAUUUAUCAGUACACAAAAGAGUUCAUACAAAAGAGAAACCUUAUAAUUGUGAAGUUUGCACCAAGUCAUUCUCUAGAAAAAAUGAUUUAUCUGUGCAUAAGAUAGCACAUACAAACGAGAAGCCUUAUAGUUGCGAGUUAUGUAGUAAAGACUUUUUGAGGAAAUAUCAUUUAGUAGAGCAUAUGAGAAUACACACAAAAGAGAGGCCUUAUAGCUGUGAGGUAUGCAGUAAUUCUUUCACACGGAAGGGAGCUCUAGCGAUACACUUGAGAGUUCAUACCAAAGAGAGGCCUUUUAGUUGUGAACUAUGUAGUAAGGCAUUCUCUCGGAAAAAUACUCUGGUGGUACACAUGAGAGUACAUACAAACGAAAAACCUUACAAAUGUGAGGUUUGUAGCAGGCCUUUCUCUGAUAGAGGUACUCUAAGGCAACAUAUGAGAGUUCAUACAAAAGAAAAACCUUACAAAUGUGAACUUUGUAGUAAAUCAUUCUCUCGCAGAAGUCGUUUAAGAAAACACACGUGUUCAUAAUAAAGCCUGGAAGACAAGCUGACAGGGGAUACGCUAGAUUAUUAUGGUCCCAGUGGGACAAAAUCAACUACGCAUCAAAGAAGAAGAUGGAAAGAAGAUUGAUUUUGUCACACUUGAA